GGGGUAUGGGUUUUUGGGUCUGUAUGGCCAGAAAAUUAUAUGAUUAGAGUUUGGUGGGUAAAGGUGGAUUUGACCUCUGCUUUUGGCCACAGCCCCCCCUAUGGUGUUUUUGUUGGUUUCUUUGUUUUACAGGGACUGUUUGUAUUUGGGUCAUGGCCUUUUUUCUGUUUUGAGUAGAAAUAGAACUGGGCUUUGGAUUUCAGACCUUUAUCUUGUCAUUUGUUGAGAUUGUUAGCUGAAGCUAACCCAAGAGGGGAGGAGGAGGCUGGUGGGGGGUUUUUUGGUUGGAGUGCUGUUGCAUCCGUUUUGGAUGUGGAGGUAUUGGAGGUUGGCUUGGGUGAAAUGAGGGAUGUUAUCAAGGUUGAUGAACUUUUUGAGGGCCUGCUGGCGGCCGUCGGCGGAGCGAUAUAUUCACAAGGGUUCGGAUGCAGCUGUCAGGCAAGAUGGGCUCCUUUGGUACAAGGACACUGGGCAGCACUUGAAUGGUGAGUUCUCUAUGGCUGUUGUCCAAGCUAACAGUUUGCUUGAGGAUCAGUGUCAGAUUGAAUCAGGCUCCUUGAGCUUGCUCGAUUCGGGCCCAUAUGGCACCUUUGUUGGAGUAUAUGAUGGUCAUGGCGGGCCUGAGACCUCCCGAUACAUUAAUGAUCACCUUUUCCAACAUCUCAAGGGCUUCACCUCGGAGCAACAGUCCAUGUCAGUGGACGUGAUACGAAAAGCAUUUCAAGCGACAGAAGACGGUUUUCUUUCUGUUGUUGCUAAGCAGUGGCCUAUGAAACCCCAACUUGCAGCUGUUGGAUCUUGCUGCCUGGUUGGUGUGAUAUGCGGUGGGACCCUUUACAUUGCCAAUCUUGGUGAUUCCCGUGCUGUUCUAGGAAGGAUUGUAAAGGCAACAGGGGAUGUUGUUGCCAUCCAAUUGUCGGAAGAGCAUAAUGCAUCUCAAGAAUCUGUUAGACAGGAGAUGCGUUCUUUGCACCCAGAAGACCCACAUAUUGUAGUUUUAAAGCACAAUGUAUGGCGUGUGAAGGGCCUUAUACAGAUUUCUAGAUCUAUUGGUGAUGUAUAUCUCAAAAAGGCUGAAUUUAACAGGGAGCCUUUGUAUGUCAAGUUUCGACUUCGGGAGCCUUUGAAAAGGCCAAUCUUAAGCGCUGAACCUUCAAUUUCAGUUCUUGAACUCCAGCCCAAUGAUCAAUUUCUCAUAUUUGCUUCUGAUGGGCUAUGGGAGCACCUUAAAAAUGAAGAAGCUGUUGAUAUAGUACAAAAUCACCCCCGAAAUGGAAGUGCUCGGAGGUUGGUGAAAGCUGCCUUGCAGGAAGCAGCUAAGAAAAGAGAAAUGAGGUACUCAGAUUUGAAGAAGAUAGAUCGUGGUGUCCGGCGGCAUUUCCAUGAUGACAUCACAGUCAUAGUUGUAUUUCUUGACUCAAAUCUUGUGAGCAGAGCCAGCUCGGUUAGAGGCCCUACUGCAUCCAUCAGAGGUGAUGGUGUGAACCUACCUGCAAAAUCUCUAGCCCCUUGUGCCACGCCCAUGGACCUCGGUGCCACCUGAAGAAGCUAGCUGUUUUCCAGGUCCUACCUAGUGCAAGGACCCUUCAUGGACCAUCAUCUGGUGUAAAUCCAGGUCCACGCCUAAUUAAUUCUUUAAUGUACAAUGUAACAUUUAACUUGGGACAAAGCCUUUUAUUUACUUUCAGAACAGGAGGAGGAGAACCAAAAGAAAAAAAGGGUAGAAGAAAAGAAAGAAUCAGGGAAAGAGAGCUUCAAAGUUGUGAAUGGAGAUUCUUUCUAUUUCUCUUCCCCUUCCCUCACUUUCUUUUGGAGUUUUUGAUUUCUGUAAAUUGUAUGGGACUCCCUGGAAAUCCAAGCUUGUGUUCCUCUUA